UCGACUACUACCCCCCUUCACGUCCCCUUACCCAAUUUCCCAACUGCCGCCCCCUUCCCCAUCCGAACCCCGCCGUCCCUCUGUUCCUACACUUAAGCUCGUCGACUUCAGUUCUGUGGAGGUCUUGAGUAUUGCUGUGAAAACUAAUGAUACAUAAAAUUGGUGUUGGUGGCCACGGCAAAAUCGGCAGUGCGAGGUCUAGGCGAGGAAGAUUUUAGCUUUACCCACACCCCCUUAUCCCUACUCUACUCCCAGCGUGCGCCGGCCGCCACCUGCCAACCAGAGCCCCUCCGUUGCGGCGCCUUCUCGGUCUCUCCGCUGUGACGCGCCGUGGCCCUAGCCCAAGGAGUCUCCGACACGGUCGGCCCAAGCUUCACGCUCCGCCGAGGCCCAAGCUAAACGUGUGUUAGCUGAAGGGCUGUCUCCCUCAAUUAGCUGAAUUUUAAAUCUUCUAGGGUGGAAGUCUUGAAGCUGGAAUAUGAAUCUUAGUGGGAGUUGUCUGAAUUCUGGGGUUUCGAGUUUACUCCCUUACAACAGAAAUCCAUAUACUCUCAGAACAAGUUCGAGAAUUUCAAGCAUUCAACCCGCACACAGAAACAUUGAGUCUUUUAAUUAUAGAAGCUCCAGGCGACCUCUUCCUGAAAUUAAAUCAUCGGCAUCUUUAGGCAUCCAGCACUUGUGUCUUUCUGCUGCAUCAUCACCACUCUUACAUGGAGAACAAGGGAGUUUGUUUCAUACUAUUCCCAAAUUUCCUACGAGGCAUCGGCAGUCGUUGGCUGCAAGAGCGUCCAAAGAUGUGCCUUCCAGUUACCGGUACCCUGCUAUGACAAAGAAGCCGAGAUGGUGGUGGAGAACCUUGGCCUGCCUCCCGUAUCUGAUGCCUCUACACGAGACAUGGAUGUAUGCUGAAACAGCGUAUCACCUACAUCCUUUCCUCGAGGAUUUUGAGUUUGUGACUUAUCCUUUCUUGGGAGCAUUAGGGAGGCUACCAAGCUGGUUUCUGAUGGCAUACUUCUUUGUUGCUUACCUUGGAGUCGUGAGACGAAAGGAGUGGCCCCAUUUCUUUAGAUUCCACGUGGUUAUGGGCAUGUUGCUGGAGAUUGCCUUGCAGGUUAUUGGAACCGUGAGUCGAUGGAUGCCACUUGCCGUAUACUGGGGCAAGGUUGGAAUGCAUUUCUGGACUGCUAUGGCGUUUGCGUAUUUGUUCACAGUGUUGGAGUGCAUAAGGUGUGCCCUUGCUGGGAUGUAUUCCGACGUUCCGUUCGUGUGCGAUGCGGCUUACAUUCAGAUCCCGUACGACUAAUGACAGUACGUUACUUUACAUUUUGCACUACCUUUUAUAAAAGCAGAUCAAAUACUAGACCUGAUUUGAGAUCUUCUGUGUUUACUGCUGUUUUGAAAUUUUGUAUAUGUAGCUACCUAUUGCCCUCGUAUACAGGAUUCAGCCUAUGGAGAUUAUUGGUCAUUAAUAUGUCCCAGAUUCAUACUUACUUUAACGAUUUGAGCAUUGUCUAUAAUCAUCUCUGAUUUCAGCCUA